AGAGCGCGCUGCUGAUUUCCGCUUCCUCCUCUGCUGCUUCUGCUGGUCACUGAAGUAAAGAUGGCGGCGGUCGAGCCAGAUCGUGAUGCACCGUCCGCUCUUUGCAGCCAAUUCCUCCAUUUCUCAGCAAAGGACACCGCUGCGAAAUGGCUGCAGGUGAGCAACCUGCCCAAAGAGGUGUACCAACAUUUGGCCUGCUACGUCCCCAAGAUCUACUGCCUGGGCCCCAACCUGAACCCUCAGAAUGAGGACCUGCUGGCUCCGCUGCUGCUUCAGAGCCCGCUGGAGUGGUACCUGUGCGGGGAAGAGCCGUCCGUGGGAUUGGCCAAGCUGGAACAGAACAACCAGCCCUCACAGCUCUGUGGCCAUGUGUUUAAAGUGGGAGAGCCAACGUACUCCUGCAGGGAGUGUGCAGCCGAUCCGACCUGCGUGCUGUGUAUGCAGUGCUUCCUAGGCAGCGUUCACAAAGAGCAUCGCUACAGGAUGACCACCUCAGGAGGAGGAGGCUUCUGCGACUGUGGCGACACAGAGGCCUGGAAGAAGGGCCCUUACUGCCAGAAACACGAGCCCAAUAUCAGUGACUCUUCCCAGAAGGAUCCAUUGGCUAAUCUGUCUGAUGAGAUGAUUGCUCGCACAUAUAAUGUUUUCUCCAUCAUCCUCAAAUAUGCUGUGGACAUGCUCACCUGGGAAAAAGAGGACGAGCUACCUGAAGGCCUUGAGCCACCGGCACGUGGAGACACGUACUACUGCAUGCUGUUCAAUGAUGAGGUCCACACGUACGAGCAGGUCAUCUAUACACUACAGAAAGCUGUGAACUGCACUCAGAAAGAAGCCGUCAGUUUCGCCACCAUCGUGGACAGAGAUGGCAGGAAGUCUGUACGCUUUGGGGACUUCCAGUUUUGUGAGCAGGCCAAAUCCGUUAUUGUGAGGAACACAAGUCGACAGACAAAACCUCUGCGGGUUCAAGUCAUGCACUCAUCAGUAGUGGCUCAUCAGUGUUUCGCACUUAAAGCCCUCACCUGGCUCGGCCAAAUCAUCAGAUACUCAGAUGCUCUGAGGAGGAUCCUGUGUCAGGUGGGUCUGCAGCAAGGACCGGAGGGGGAGAGCUCUUCUCUAGUGGACACGCUCAUGCUCUGCGACUCCAAGAUGUGGAAAGGAGCGAGAAAUGUUUACCACCAGCUCUUUAUGAGCAGCUUACUCAUGGAUACAAAGUACAAGAAACUUUUUGCAAUUCAGUUUGCAAAGAAUUACCGGCGCCUCCAGACAGAUUUUAUGGAGGACGAUCACGAGCGUGUAGUGUCAGUGACCUCUCUGUCAGUGCAGCUCUUCACCGCCCCUACUGUGAACUAUGAGCGCUUGCAGAGUGACUACGUGAAGGACGACCAUGACAGGGAGUUCUCAGUCACUGAUCUUUCUGUGCAAAUAUUCACCGUGCCUUCUCUGGCGCGGAUGUUGAUCACAGAAGAGAACCUGAUGACCGCCAUCAUCCGCACCUUCAUGGACCACCUCAGACACCGAGACCUUCAGGGCCACUUUCAGUUCGAACGCUACACCGCACAACAGGCCUUCAAAUUCCGCCGAGUCCAGAGCCUCAUAGGAGACCUCAAGUACGUCCUGAUAAGCCGUCCAACAGAGUGGACCGACCAACUCAGGGAAAAGUAUCUGGAAGGUUUCGAUGCUUUCUUGGAGUUGUUAAAAUGCAUGCAGGGAAUGGACCCAGUAGUGCGUCAGGUGGGGCAGCACAUAGAGAUGGAGCCAGAAUGGGAGGCAGCGUUUACCUUACAGAUGAAGCUCACACAUAUCAUCUCUAUGAUCCAGGAAUGGUGUUCCAGUGAUGAGCGAGUGCUGAUCGAAGCCUAUAAGAAGUGCCUGAGCGCGCUGACUCACUGCCACAGUGGUUUCACAGAUGGGGAGCAGCCCAUAACCCUCAGCAUGUGCGGCCACUCCGUCGACACCAUCCGCUUCUGCGUCUCUCAGGAGAAAGUCAGCAUACACCUGCCUGUGUCCCGGCUUUUAGCAGGUUUACAUGCUCUGCUGAGCAAAACUGAGGUUGCCUAUCGAUUCCCUGAGCAGCUGCCACUGAGUGAACUGAGUCCACCCAUGUUGAUCGAGCAUCCGCUUCGCUGCCUUGUACUCUGUGCCCAGGUGCAUGCUGGGAUGUGGAGAAGAAAUGGAUUCUCUUUAGUCAAUCAGAUCUAUUAUUAUCAUAAUGUGAAGUGUAGAGUGGAGAUGUUCGAUAAAGACCUCAGCAUGCUUCAGGCUGGAGCUUCUAUGAUGGACCCAAACCACUUUCUGAUGAUCGUGUUGAGCCGUUUUGAGCUCUUUCAUAUCUUCAGCUCAGCAGACUGCAGAAAGAGAUACGGCAGAGAGAACGCUAGCAAGGAUGUGGUUCAUCAGAAUAACACACUAAUCGAAGAGAUGCUGCAUCUGGUCAUUAUGAUCGUGGGGGAGCGAUACACAGCAGGUGUAGGUCAGGUGGAGAGCUCUGAUGAGACGAGGCGGGAGAUCGUCCAGCAGCUAUGCAUUCGACCCAUGGCCCACAGCGAGCUGGUCAAAGCCCUGCCUGAGAAUGAUAAUAAAGAAACCGGCAUGGAGAGGGUCAUCGACAGUGUGGCUUUGUUUAAGAAGCCUGGUGUGACUGGAAGAGGACUUUAUAAACUCAGGCCAGAGUGUGCCAAGAUGUUCAACCUUUACUUCCACCAUUACUCCAGAGCUGACCAGUCUAAGGCUGAAGAGGCCCAGAGAAGAAUAAAGAGGCAAAAUGGGGAAGAUUCAGUUCUGCCUCCACCUGUUCUGCCUCGGUUCUGUCCGCUGUUUGCCAGCCUGGUGAACAUACUGCAGUGUGACGUGCUGCUCGGGAUUCUGGGAGCUGUGCUGCAGUGGGCGAUGGAGCCCAGCGGGGGCCACUGGUCUGAGUCCAUGCUUCAGAGGGUGCUGCAUCUCAUAGGCAUGGGCCUGGUGGAAGAAGAGCAGCAUCUCAUCGGCAGCGCAGAAGAUAAUGAUACCAACUUCAACUUCACUCUCAAAAUCUCCAGACCAGGUGAGGCUCCUGCUAACACUCCCAGUAUCUUGGCUCUGUUGGAAACCCUGCAGAACGCUCCUCAUCUGGAGGUGCACAAGGACAUGAUCCGCUGGAUCCUCAAGACUGUGGCCAGCAUCACAACCACGCGGGAGUGCACGGCCAGUGCGCCCCCUAGUGACAGCUCAGGGCACAGUCAAGAGGAGACGGUGCGGGAUAAAGAUAAGGCGGAGCGGAAGAGGAAAGCAGAGAUGGCGCGUCUCCGAAGGGAGAAGAUCAUGGCUCAGAUGUCAGAGAUGCAAAGACACUUCAUCAACGAGAACAAAGAGUUGUUCCAGCAGAGCCUGGAGGAGCUCGAUGCCUCCACAUCCUCCUCACUGGAACACAGCCCCAGUUCGAGUGAUAGUACACUGUUCUGUGUGGGACCGCGGCGGUGGCGUGCAGGCGGCAGUGACAGGAGGCAGGUGGUCACGUGUAUCCUGUGUCAGGAGGAGCAGGAAAUCAGGACUGACGGCAAAGCCAUGGUGCUCGCUGCUUUUGUCCAGCGCUCCACAGUCAUGUCCAAAAACCGCAAGAGACCUCCCCACAACCCAGAUAAGUAUGACCCUCUCUUCAUGCACCCUGACCUGUCGUUCGGCACGCACACAGGCAGCUGCGGACACAUCAUGCACUCGCACUGCUGGCAGAGGUAUUUUGAAGCGGUGCAGGCUAAAGAGCAGCGCAGGCAGCAGAGGCUACGUGUGCACACCAGUUACGACGUGGAGAACGGAGAGUUCUUGUGUCCACUCUGUGAAUGUCUGAGUAACACUGUCAUUCCUCUGCUGCCUCUUACAAAGACCAGCUGCAGCUCUGAGCAGCCUGAUCUGAGCCGGUGGUUGAACAUCACCUCUCUGCAGAUGAAGGCCCUGCUCUCUGCUCACAGGAAGGCCAAGGCUGCAGAUGCUGAUGGUGUUGAUGAUAUGGAUGGUGUUAAUGACUGUCCUCCACCUGAAGGCUUCAAACUGGACUACACUCCAAAGAACCCGUACUCCAGCACCAUAAAGGAGAUGUUGACCACGUUUGGGACAGCCACAUAUAAAGUGGGUCUUAAAGUGCACCCAAAUGAGCAGGACCCCCGGGUGCCAAUCAUGUGCUGGGGCAGCUGUGCCUACACCAUUCAGUCCAUAGAGAGACUGCUGGUGGAUGAAGAGAAGCCUUUGUUUGGAAGUUUACCAUGCAGACAGGAUGACUGUUUGAAUUCUCUGACUCGGUUCGGCUCGGCCUGCUGGACCGUCUCCUCUCAGGCCACUGUACAGAAUCACUUUAUUAGGCUCUUAACAGCCCUUGUUCCUGAUCCUCGGGUGGAGAAUACACCAUGUAUUCUGGACAUAGACAUGUUUCAUUUGCUGGUGAGCUUGGUGCUGUCCCAUCCAGCGGUUUUCUCCCUGGAUUCCUCAGGGCUGAGCGCAGACACUGCGCAGCUGCACUUCCUGCAUCUCGUCACAGCAGCUCACGUCGUCCAGAUCCUCCUAAGCUCCGUACCAGAGGAGGUGCAGAUGGAGCAGGAGAGUGGAGGAGCAGAGAGGGAAGAGGAGGAGAAAGUGUGUAUGCUCUACAACACACUCAGGUCACAUCUGGGAAGUGGCCUGCAUGAGGUGAGCUCAGGCUGGCAUCUGUGGCGCUGUGUGAAAGCUGGAAUCCUGCCUUAUCUGAGGGCAGCCGCUCUCUUCUUCCACCAUCUCAACGGAGCUCCAACACCACCCGAAUUACAUACUCUAGGUGCGGGUGAAUGGGAGGCUCUGUGUGGAUACCUGUGUCUGCCCUCCAACCUGCUCCAGCUCUUCUACAACAAUCGGGAGCUCAUGGAACCUCUGCUGCACGGGUGGUGCUCUCAUCCAGGUGUGCUGCAGGGUCUUCAGAGCAGCGUGGCUCUCAUCAGGUUUCCUAGAGAGUCUAAUAAUCUCAUAGAGCUGCCGGGCGACUACAGCGCCCUAAUAAACCAGGCCUCCAGCUUCACGUGUCCUAAAUCUGGAGGGGAUAAGUCUCGCGCUCCUACUCUGUGUCUGGUGUGUGGUGCUAUGCUGUGCUCUCAGAGCUACUGCUGUCAGACCGAGCUGGAAGGAGAGGAUGUGGGCGCAUGCACCGCACACACUUUCGCCUGCGGAGCCGGAGUCGGCAUCUUCCUCAGGGUGCGGGAAAGCCAGGUCCUGUUCCUGGCUGGCAGAACUAAGGGCUGUUUUUAUGCUCCCCCAUACCUGGACGACUAUGGGGAAACAGACCAAGGGCUAAGGCGGGGAAACCCAUUACACUUGUGCCAAGAGCGCUACAGGAAGAUCCAGAAGCUGUGGCGCCAGCACAGCAUCACGGAGGAGAUCGGCCACGCUCAGGAGGCCAAUCAGACUCUGGUGGGCAUCGACUGGCAGCACCUGUGAAGUCACGUGAUGCUUUCUCACACCUUCGCCCACCCUUAACACAUAAGGGGACCCGCACAGCAGAGCUAGGGGUUGCCACGAUGUCACCAAGGCCUCUUGCUCUUCCUCCACCCCUUUCUCCAUCUUUCUGACAGUGGAUGAAUGCAUGAAGUUUCUUUGCAUUUUUUUUGGGGGGGGGGGAUUUCUCUUUCCAUUUUCUUUUAAAUAUGAUAUAAAUACAUAUUUAAAAAGACAUAUAGCCAAGGUAUUGAACCCCAUCAAUAUGGGUUCCCUCGCAAAACACAGAUAUUCUUAAUAGGAAUGCUAUUUAAUUUCUUCUCCAAGUAAUAUUAAAUUAUUUUCAAAGUAUUUUGUUUAAAUAUGAAGGUUUCUCUUAUCACUUGGGAAUUGACUGGUGGUGCUGCUCUUGAAGUAAGCACAGAUGUCCCUGAACGCCCAUGCAGUGAUAGUGGCACCUGUAGAAUACACAGCAUCCUCUCUGCCCCCGUCAUCUGGCAUGCUGCAAUACAUUUGUUAAGGCCACGUAAUUAAUGUUCUCAUGUUCAUACAAUUGCAAGCCGAUCCGGGAGCUCAUGAAUAUGUCCUUGAAUGCCUGGUUUCUGUUUGUUUGAGUUUUGUAUGUGUUUGCGCGAGUGAGUUUUUACGUACGGGUUUAGUUUGUAUGUUUCUAAUAUGAUGGAUUUCUAAGGUGGUCCAUUUUUAUGACUGUUUGUUUUCUCGUUCUUUUGUGACUCAUGUAAUUUAUGUGUUUCUCGCGGCUGUGUGUUGUAUACGACCUUGAUCUAUGGAAUCAUGCUUUCCACAAACUGAACUUGAGUUCCACUCUUAAACAUGAUUUUGACGCGUGUUGUGAUUUUGGACAAUUUGUUUCUUGACACUGCUGCACAUUUUCAGUUUCGACUUUGGUCUGCUUUAGACUUCUUUUUUUUUUCCUUUAUAGUGGCCUUAGCUUGGGGCUUUAUUCCAAAUCAAAAGUUUGAUUUGUCAGACGCAGAAACUGAUUAAAACACACCGUUGCUUCUUUCAGAAACAAGUUUUCAAGUCUCAUGCAAUUCCGAUGAAAAGCCUGUUUCUGAUGCGGUGAGCAUAUUUCCUGAGACACUUCCAGUGGCUGCAGCAAGUGUAUCACAUCACGAACUGACUUGUUAAUAUGUGAAUGCUUGUAUAAAUGGGUACACUGUACUAUAUUGUAAAACAUUAAUGAAAUAAAAAAAGAAAAAGACUCUGUGCUGUGUUGUGAAUGAAACA